AUGGUUGAACAAGAAGUUUCAUUUUAUUCUACCGAAGUUCUUCAUCCAUAUACUGAAACACUUACAAAUACAUUUUGUUAUCGUCUUGUUAAUAUUUUUCGUGCAUCUAGACUGUCAAAAACCGAAUGUCGUACAUUUUUUGAUCUCAUUCAUUCUGCUCUACCAAAUCCCAACAAUUUACCAUCCAACAUGAACCAAUUAUUGUCAAUGUUUCAAUUGAAACAUAACUUAUUUAAAAAAAGAAAAAUUUGUCUUUUAUGUUAUAAAAAAAUAGGUGAUGAUAUAGGCUUUUGUUCUGAUUGUCCAACGUCCAAUGAAGCUACUACUGCUAUUAUUUAUGAUUCAGAUAUUAAAUCCAUUCAUUCGUUAUUAUUGAAAAAGCUUUGGAAAAAAAUUCGCUCAUACAAAGAAGAACUUCAAGCAAACAAUGAUGCAUCGUAUACCUAUGAUAUUGGUUUUGCUUAUGCUUAUCAAAAUUUAUUACGUCAAUUUUCUAAUGAAACUUUUAUUUAA